AUUAAGCACGUCUAUUUAAUCAGCAUUCGGUAACAAUUAAAUCUUUUUGCGGUUAGCGUUAUUGUUUAAGUGAGCAAGCUUGCGUACCGUACACAUGUUGUCUAAACCUAAGAUUUUUUUUAAUUAAAUAACAACAUGUGCCUUCGGCCAAUCGCUAAAUCAGACCAUGAUGUUGUGCUCUGCAGUUUCAUUUGUGUGGAAAACACAAGACAGUAAUUUCUUCGAACCGACGCUGUGCAAUCUGCACUAGCAAUAUGUUCCACUUUUUGCAGUUACCGGCAUAUUUUCACAAAAACAUGCGUGCUCCAUUAGCAUUUUUACUGUUAACGAUGUGCCUAUUCACCGCACAUUCGGCACUGGUCGUCAAUAACAAAGGCCGAAAUCGCAUGGACCAAAGCGUUUUUAACACGGUCAACGCUGCCAUUGAUAAAGGCUGCUCGGCGUACACGACGUUUGUCAACAGUCCGGGUAUGCGCAGGGACGGAUGGAAGUACAACAUGUUGGGCCCGCUGAACUGGAUAUUCGGGGAGUUCAUUUCCGCUCUGAAUGGCCACUUCGGGCAUGAUCCCUACGCUUGGGAAGUUACCACCAAAAGCGGCAAUGAAACUGCAACAUGGGAUAAUUUUCAGCGUCAGCGGGAAUACAAGCGCGAUGGCCCGGAACAAAUGUAUCAAGCUGUAUGCAACAAUAAGUUUCACGUUACAGUAAAAGUUGUUAGAGUGUCAUAUGAUUCGAAGUGACAGUAUUCGUUUCAGCAGGAUCUGCAGCGGCAGUUGUUGAGUCAUGUUAUGAUUAAAUUCAAAAUUAAAUAAUAAUGGAGUAUUUGCUGUACAAUAAUCAGGAAAUCUUCGUUUAUCCAUGGUCUGAAACUGUCAGUUUUGUUUCAUAUAUGUACGUACAACAGUUGAAUAUAGUGACUAGUAUACUGUAUUAAAGUCAAUG